AUGCGUGUGCGGCGUGCCUCUGUGCAAGUGUGUGCAUUGGUGCCAACAGCAUUGCAGCGGCAUUGGUUCUACCUAGUCUACCUACGGAGUACUGUAUGUAUGUAUGUAUGUAUGUAUGUCAUCCAACCUGAGGUUACGAAUACAACGACAGCGGAAGCAACAGCAGCACGACAGGGUCAGCAUGGAAUGACAGUGCAGGAGGAGGCAGUGGAAGAAGACGGGAGGAAAGAAAAGAGGAGGCGGAGAAGGAAGAAGCAACAGCACAGCGCAGCACAGCAAUGGACGCAAGCACCGUCGCCGAGGCCCCCUCCUCUUCUCCCGAGUCCCCCCCCCCCUUCUAUUCGUAUCGUGGCGGGUUACCCCUCUCCACUCCCACUCACUCGUGACCUCCAGCUGGCCGCGGACGUGGACUCUGACGGCGCGGUGGUAAGGUACGUGUACGCAGUAGUCACUGGUGCACCUGCUUUGCGGCCUUGCCAUGCUCGCUCGCCCUGCUCAUUCGGGGUUACAGGUUGGCUGGUCGCCGGUUGCUGUGUCGCUGGCAGGCCGCUUGGAAGGUACCUUAACUACCAUAGGUAUGUACCUCAACCCAUCCACUCCCGCUUCAGGGCUCCCCUCCCCCCCCCCCUCUCCACUACAUCCUCGGCCAGCAGGCCCAAGGAUAAUGGACCGCCGCCCAGCACCUCCAGUUCGGAUCCCAACUCACACAUCCCUCCCUUGCUCAUUCUGAUGGAGCCGGCCCAGCAGGCCCAGGUCGGAUCUAUUCUGCUGUUCUGGUGGCCCGGUGAACAAACACUGGAGCCCGUUCCAGUUUCCUAA